AUGCUCACUUCCUCCAUCCAAGCGCAGAGCUCCCUCUUUUCACCCUUCGAGAGCGAUCGUAAUCGUGUUGAAGAUGAAUACAGGGCAAAGACUGUUGUUCACUACAACUACCAUACACCCAUUGAGGUACAAAGCGCUACCAUCACAGAAGUGGAUCUGAGCGCACAGACUACACCCCAUGCAAAAGAUCCGGCUAAGCACAAGGAUCGUGUCUUGAUCUUGACGCCACUCAAAGAUGCAGCGAAAUAUGUUGCACAUUUCAUGGAUCUGCUAGGCAACUUGACCUAUCCGCAUGACCUCAUUGAUAUUGCUAUGCUCGUGAGCGAUUCAGAGGAUGAGACGGUUGCGACGCUUGCAUUGGAAGCUGAUCGAUUGCAACAACGUCUGGCGACCAAGUUUCGUGAUAUUCGCAUCUUCAAACGAGAUUUUGGAGCGAUAGCGACAUCGGGUGAGCAGAACGAUGUCAUGGAUAGACAUGCUUUUGCCUUUCAAGCACCGAGACGUAAGAUGCUUGGAAAAGCACGCAAUUAUUUGCUCUCUGCUGCAUUGCGUGCAGAUCAUGCAUGGGUCCUUUGGCUAGAUGCUGAUAUUGAGGAAAUGCCAAAUACAGUGAUUGAAGACCUUGCUGCACAUGACAAGGAUGCUAUUGUGCCGGCGAUUUGGUUUCAUCGGUAUGAACAGGAUGGCUUUGAUGUGGAGGGCCGGUAUGAUUAUAAUUCAUGGGUGGAAUCAGAUAAAGGGCGUGAAUUGGGCAAGACGCUUGAUCGCGAUAUCGUCCUCGCUGAAGGAUACCCAGAGUACGAAACGGGCCGUACGCACAUGUGCCGCACGAACGAUGAAAAGCGUUGGGCUGAUAUCACGGACAAGGAACGAAAACAGGAGAUGAAGCUUGAUGCGGUGGGCGGUGUUUGUAUCCUGGUCAAGGCGGAUGUACACAGGAUGGGUAUCAACUUUCCUGCCUACGCAUUCGAGAAUCAGGCAGAGACGGAAGGGUUUGGGAAAAUGCUGAAUCGUGCUGGUUUGAGCCUCGUUGGCCUACCGAACUAUGUUGUCUGGCAUGUCGACACGGAAGAGAAGCCUCAGUAA